CCAACAAGACGUCCAAUAACGCAGCCGGUUUCACUUCUUCUUCGGUUUUUUCCCCCCCUUCUUGUUGUUGUGCUCGUCGUCGAUGUGCGUGUUUGUCUAGUUGUUGUAGCAUCCGCUGAGAAAGUCCUAAGAAAAGCUCCGGGAUGUACACGACCGGACUCAACCCGUUCUACGCCUCCAACUUCAGCCUGUGGUCCGCGUACUGCGCGGGAGGCUUCGCGGUGGACACCAGCAAGAAGCCUUCCUUCUGCAUCGCGGAGCUCCUGCAGGCCGGAGACGCAGACAACAUGCCCGGCUCGUCCGCCCUCAUGGUGCAUGUGCCGGCGCAGCAGCACCGGGGCUCCUCCGGUGGCUCCCCGCUGCGCCCCUCGCCGGUCGGGCCCGGGGAGGCGUCCUUGUACGGGGCCAGGGUGAGCCCCGCAUCCCCGUACCACAGACCCGGACUACAGAUGACUUCUGUCCCCCGAGGAAUGCUCGGCUCUCCGCAGGCUCCUCCGCCUUCAAGCAAGGACCUCAAAUUUGGAAUCGAUCGGAUAUUGUCCACGGAUUUUGACGCGAAGGGAAGGGAAGCGACGUCUUUAAGAGAUCUCACGUCCAUUGUUAGCUCCAACCGUCAGUCAGGCAUCCACAUCCCCAUGCAGGCGGCGGCCGGCCAGUACUUCUCCUCCAUGGAGGCCGGGAUGAACGACGCCGCCUCCAUCAUGAGUUCACUAGGCAGCAGCAGCAGACAAUCAGGCCAGCAUCAGUUUCAGGACACCUUCCCAGGUCCCUACGCCGUCCUCACCAAAGACACGAUGCCCCAGACGUACAAGAGGAAAAGGUCGUGGUCCAGGGCGGUCUUUUCAAACCUGCAGAGGAAAGGCUUGGAGAAGAGGUUUGAGAUCCAGAAGUAUGUCACCAAGCCGGACAGGAAACAGCUGGCGGCCAUGCUGGGCCUGACGGACGCUCAGGUGAAGGUUUGGUUCCAGAACCGGCGCAUGAAGUGGCGUCACUCCAAGGAGGCCCUGCAGGCCCAGAAGGACAAAGAGAAGGAGCAGCCGGACAGGACUUCGGAGUCCGGCAGGGACCCCAAAGAAACGGCCGAGUCCGAGUGCGACAGCGAGGACCGCAGCGAGUGCGAGUCCGACGAGGCGGAGGACGUCAAAGAGGACCAGGAGGACACGAAGAGACCUUUGGACAUUUGCGAGAAAACCAGCGUCAUCAUGAGCGGCAGCGUGGAGCAGGAGACGCACUUGGACUCGACGUCUCCGCGUCUAACAUGAGCGGAGUCAAGUCUGGAGGUGGCGUUUAUUUAAUUGGACAAAAGAGCUUCGGCGUGCAUGAUGCUUUCCUCAAGUGGUUACAAAACAGACAAAUAUGCAGCUGUAAAUGUCACGAACGUUGUAUAAAUCUCAGUAAACACACUUUUUUUGUGUGUGUUGUUGUUAAUAAGUUUGCACUGAAAAUAUUGUAAAUAAAAGUCUUCUUUUUCCCA